CUUCGACGUUUUUGGACGUGUGCUCAGUGGUUUAUUGGAAAUUAAUUAUUAAUUAAAUAAUUCAAAAGUUAAUAAUUAAAUCGAUCAAAUCGAAAGGAAGAAAACUUCCCAUUUUCACGAAAAGGUCGUAGUAAUACCGCAGCACCCAUGGAUAUUGAAGCCGGGCCUGAGCCGAGCUGCUCAAAGCGAAGCAACGGGAAUGAUCCAGCCGAUGAUAAGGAUAACGAUAUGAGCGUUAAGCGCAGCCGCCCCGACGAUUCGAAUGAAUCCUUGUCCCUGCCUGCCGUUCCAUUUGCUGGAGCACAGGACAGCGCAAUGGAUUACGAGAUGCAGGAGCAGCAGCAGGAGCAGCCGCAGGAGCAGCCGCAGGAGCAGCCGCAUGAGCAGCCGCAGGAGCAGCAGCAGGAGCAGCCGCAGGAGCAGCAGCAGCAGGCUCCGUUUCCGCAGCAGGGUCCGUAUUUCCCAGUACAUCCGAAUCGCUUACAUGUGUUUCACUGGGCUAUGCUUCGUCAUUUUGCGUACAUUAUGUCAUUUAAUGAUAAAUAUCAUGGACGUGACGGCUAAACAUAUCCCCUCGAAAGAAAAACUGCCAGAAACAGGUGGAACAAUAAUAAAUCUACAAACCAAAGAGGGAGUAAAAAUAGCAAACGGGCAACGAUGAACUAUCAAUAAAAAAAUAUAUAAAUUUGUAUUUAUUCCACAAGGAAUUAUACCCAUUAAAAAAAAA